AUUUGGAGCAGGCAACCUACCGUCUGGAGUGCUGCUGGGGGUCCUGGGCAUUUCAGUAGAUUUUGAAAUGAAAACACUUCCGUAAAGUUUGAGGAAAGACCCCUGAUGCUUUGUUUGUUUAUAUAUGACACGCACAAGCGCAGAUUUAUACGGAUCCAUGCAUGCAGAGAGAUAAAGCUUUGAUGAGAGGGGUAAUUCCUGCCUGCAGAUGGUGCAUCCAAGCCAUGAUACUGAUCUUGUAUUGUGCACUUAAGGGAAGGAUCUCCAAGACUCGUCAUGUGGUGAGGACACAGAGAUUUUUUCCCCUGGCGACACCUCAGCACCCAACUCAAAUGCACCCCCUACUAGUCCUGGUGCAUCGCUAUCCAUGGCUGGCGAACGUGGCUGCCUACGGGACACUGUUCUCAGCAGCAGAUGCGGCUCAGCAGAUGUUGACUAGGCCCCGUCAGGAUCCCUCCAGGCAGGACAGUUUGGAUCUGAAGCAGACGGGGAAAGUGGCGCUGGUAGGGUUCACAUUCCACGCCAACUUCAACUACGUCUGGUUCCGGAGCCUGGAGCGCCUUCUUCCAGGAGUGAGCGCUCCUAUGGUGAUAGCCAAGGUGACUUGUGACCAGGUCAUAGCAGCGCCGGUCACCAUCGGGGCAUUUUAUACUGGUGAGAAGCAAUGGCGGAUGGUGAGGGGGAGGCUGGAGGAGGUGGGAAACACUUCAGAGAUGGCGACAUCCUUUCCUCAUCGUCCUCUACCUCUUCCAGGUCUGUCUCUCUUGGAUGGCGAAACUGACAUCUCUGGGAAAUUAAGGGAGAAGUUUUGGCCGACAUACAAGGCUGGAGUACUGUGCUGGACUUUAUUCCAGGUGGUGAAUUUUACUCUUGUGCCUCCCAUCUUGCGCACCGCCUAUGUGGGUGCCUGCUCCUUCUUGUGGACAGCAUUUCUCUGCUACCUGCGCCAACGAGAUGCCCAUGACAUCACCUCCCAGCUCUCCCGGGCACUGCCUGUCUUGGCUAUGCUAUUUCCACCUACAGCAGGGGGAAAUCAAAUCAACGGACCCUCUGAGAAAUAGUCAAAGGGCCUAAUACAUUUGUAUAUUGUUAAGA